AUGAGGGCAGGGCAUAUACUUUCUGGCCUCAUUUGCCACCCCGAUCAGGAGCAUAUUCUCUAUCCCCUGGGAUGCACUGUGGUUAUUCAAGGCAUGGCCAACGGCAAGCAGACUUUCCUGCACGGCCACACCAACAACGUCUCCUGCGUGGUGGUGUCGAAGAGCGGAAUGCUGGUGGCCUCUGGACAAGUCACCUUCAUGGGCUUCAAGGCAGACAUCAUUUUGUGGGAUUUUAAGAAGCAGGAGCUACUUGCUCGACUGUCACUUCAUAAGGGUAGAAUUGAAGGAUUAGCAUUUUCACCAAACGACCUUUAUCUUGUGUCGCUGGGAGGCCAGGAUGAUGGCAGCGUGGUUGUGUGGAGCAUUCCCAAGAGAGAGGCCGUGUGCGGCAGCCCCGCGUCGGCUCGCAGCGCCGGGAAUGCUACAGUGCUCGCGUUCUCCAGAUGCAGAGAUGAGAUGUUUGUCACCGCUGGGAAUGGGACCAUUCGAGUAUGGGAACUGGAUCUUAAAAACAGAAAAAUCCGACCAACUGAAUGCCAAACAGGGCAACUGAAAAGAGUGAUCACAUGCAUUAAGAUGGCAGAUGAUGAUAGUUAUUUCUAUGUUGGCACAUCAAGUGGUGAUGUCCUGAAACUGAACCCCAACAACAAGCUGAUGAGUGACUACGGGCCUCAGAAGGAGAAGUUCAGCAUGGGAGUCACAGCUUUGCUUUUGCUGAAGACAGGAGAUAUAAUAGUCGGCACCGGAGGAGGGAUUGUAGCUCUCUGUAAAGGCUCCAACUACAAAGCAAUGAAGAAAAUUCAAGUUCAAGGUACCGUGACUUCCCUGACGCGUAGAGGUCAGGGGCACCAGUUCUUUGCAGGGACAAAUGAGUCCCAGAUCUAUCGAGUUAAUUACACAGAGUUUAAGGAGGAGCUGAUUGCCACCUGCCAUAACGAAGCCAUCCACGACAUCGUUUUUCCUCUGGGAACUUCUGACUUGUUUGCUACCUGCUCCAAAAAUGAUAUCCGGGUAUGGCACACCCCGGAAAACAGGGAGCUGCUCCGGAUCGUCAUCCCCAACAUGACCUGCCGAGCCAUAGAGUUUAUGAGCGACGGCAGGAGCAUCAUUUCAGCUUGGAAUGACGGAAAGAUCCGCGCCUUCAUGCCGGAAACCGGGCGGCUGAUGUACGUGAUCGACCAUGCCCACAGCCUGGGCGUCACGGCCAUCGCCGCCACCAGGAGCUGCCGCCGCAUCAUCAGCGGAGGAGGUGAAGGGCAGGUGAGGGUCUGGGAGAUUGGUGAGAGAACUCGCAAGCUGGAGGAGGUUCUGAAGGAGCACAUAUCUGCCGUGUCCUGUAUCAAGAUCAAGAAGAAUGACCGAGAAUGUGUCACAGCCAGCCUUGAUGGAACAUGCAUUAUCUGGGAUAUUGUGCGUUUUAUAAGAAAUCAGAUGAUUCUAGCCAACACAUUAUUCCAAUGUGUGUGUUACCAUCCUGAAGAGUACCAGAUAAUCACCAGUGGAACAGAUAGAAGGAUUGGGUACUGGGAAGUGUUUGAUGGUUCUGCAAUCAGGGAACUGGAAGGAUCUGCUUCAGGUUCCAUCAAUGGCAUGGACAUCACAUCAGAUGGAGCUCACUUUGUCACAGGUGGCGAUGACCAUCUGGUGAAAAUGUGGGACUAUAACGAGGGGGAAGUGACUCACGUCGGAGUGGGCCACAGCGGCAGCAUCACCCGCCUCAAGAUCUGCCCGGGGAACAAGUACAUUGUGAGCGUGAGCGCCGACGGCGCCAUCCUGCGCUGGAGGUACCCGCACGCGCCCUGA